GGCUUUAAACCCUCUCGGCGCAGGCAUCCAUCCACCCAGCAGUUCACACGACGCUCCUUUCAACUCUUCUUCCGCGUGAACGAACCUUACACCAAGCCAUGCGACCCCUAGCAUCCCUCCCCGUCUCGGGAUUCGCGGCUGCCGUCGCCGUGGGCAUCGCCAGCCACAGCUUCACCACAACCGGCACGCCCAGCGGCGGCUUCGCCAUCCCCGCGGGCACACCCGACGGCGUCUACUCGGUCCGCCUGCACCCGGACGGCACGGCCAACCACACGCUGAUGGCGUACAUCGACAUGGACCGGCCCACCACCACCAUUACCACCAGCCACAACUCACCACAACCCCCACCGCAGCUGAGAAACCACGCCCACGGCGGCGGCGGCGGCGUCCUCUCCCGGCGUGGCACGUGGGGCAUCGACUGCGGCGGGCGCGGCAACAUGGACCCAACCAACGCGUGCGCGGCCGUGGACGGGCUGGCGUCGCUGUGCGGCGGGCAGCGGGGCGCGACGGCGGUCGGGGCCGACGUGUACGUGUACGCGCUGCGCAGCAGCAUGGCCGCCUUCUUCUGCGUCUUCGCGGGCCCGCCGCGCGCGUGCUACGACGCCGAGUCGCGCUGGGCGUUUCAGCAGAUCGUGCGCGUGUGCGGCGCCGACGCCGAGGGCUGGAUGGACUGGUGGGACGUGAGGACCAAGGAGUACACUUAUGGGUAUCACAACGCCAAGUCCGGGGUGGACUUUUGCGGGAGGAGGCAUGGGUAG